AUGGAGGGACAGUAUCAAUUUGUGAAAUCUGAUCAUCCUAGAGAUUUGAUGACCGUAGAUUUUUUUGGAUCUCUGCCGCGGUCGAUUGGUGACGUCGAAUAUAUUUUCGUUGUGCUUGAUGCGUAUUCUAAAUACGUUAGAUUAUAUGCAAUUGAGAAAGAAACAACAAGGGCUGCUCUUCAUAGAAUAUUGAAUAAAUACAUUUCGGAAACGAGAAAACCUAAAAGGCUUUUAGCAGAUAAUAGUAGACAGUUUACCUCUCCUAGCUGGAGUAGAGCGUUGCAGGAAGUUGGUAUACAACCAGUUUUUUGUUCUAUCGGACACCCUCAAAGUAAUCCAACUGAAAGGGUUAUGCGGGAAAUAGGCCGACUUUUUCGAACACUUUGUUCAGAAUCUCACACGCGUUGGGAAAAACAUCUGCCAAAAAUGGAAUGUUAUUUAAAUGUAACAACUCAUAGUAGUACGGGUUUCUCAUCUUACGAAUUGCACUCUGGUGUUAAACCUCAUGAUUGA